AGGCAGCGCGCAGCAAUGGCGGAAAGGAACCGAGGCGGCUCUAGUGCAGUGGACCAAAUGCUCGAUGCAGAAAACAAGCGGAUGGCAGAGAACCUGUCCAGCAAAGUGUCCCGACUCAAAGCGAUUGCUCUGGACAUUGACCAGGAGACAGCUGACCAGAACAGAUACUUGGAUGGCAUGGACUCUGAUUUCUUGAGUGCCACUGGCCUUCUGACGGGGAGUGUAAAGCGGUUUUCCACGAUGGUGAGAUCAGGACGGGACAAUAAGAAGUUGCUGUGCUACAUGUCUGUCGGUCUGGUCCUCCUCUUCUUCAUCCUGUACUUCCUGGUCACCAGGAUGCAGACCUGAGCUGGUUAUGAAGCACAAUGUUAUAACGAACAGAUUUCCUAUGGACACAGUUGAGAAGAGUGACUGCUCCUUCCUUUAUCAGGGAUUUUACGUGGACAUCAUUCUCAUGAUCAGCCUGGGAAUCGGGAAGGUGCACUUUAUGUCUGGUGAGGGAUGUGAUCUUUUACCCAACAAUGAUUGUACUAUGCCCCCCACACACACUGUUGUAUCGUGCAACCAGUGGACCAGUUGCAGUCUUCAGUGAGGAUUGUGUUUUUACAAAAGCUGCUGUGCUUUUGAGCUCCAAUCAAAUCCCAGAACUAUAUAACAGGAGAACUGAAAACUUCCAUACAGGGCAAGAACAGCACUUUUAUAAUGAUGUAGUUAGUGAUCAUUUAAUUUAAUAAUAAUCAUUCAAUUAGUUAUUUCAUUCUAAUAUUUCAUAUAUAUGUACAGAUAAUUUUUCUACAGAAAUUCUCUGAUUUAACAAUUCUCUUCACUUAAUGGAAUCUUUUCUGAAACUUACUGCCGCUGAGCUGCAUUCAGCUGGACUUCGUUGGUGUGUGCUCUCUCUAUAUUUUCACUCUGAAUAAAUAUUAAUUGCCUAAACAACUGUCUAUGUGAAU